AUGGCGACUGCCGAUUGCCCUUACACAACUAGUCGCCUGUUCGUCACUGACCGGAAGACGAAGAUGCAGUUUUUGGUAGAUACUGGAAGCGACCUCUGCGUCUUCCCCCGAUCGUCACUGCAGGACCGACGAGCGAAAACGGACUACCAACUGUGUGCAGCUAACGGCACCCCCAUAGACACUUAUGGUUUUGUGUACUUGUAUUUAGAUUUUGGACUUAAACGUGUAUUUAAAUGGAGAUUUGUAGUAGCAGAUGUUCAAAAAGCUAUUAUUGGUGUAGAUUUUCUAACCUUUUAUAAUAUAAUGGUAGAUUGUCGCCAUAAGCGCUUAAUAAACAAUACUACUACUAUAACCGCUGUAGCUUCACUAGAUUGUAAGAAUGCUAUUACCUCUGUAAAAGUUGCAACUGGAAACACAAACAAUCACAAGAUCUUGGAAGAGUUCCCAGAUAUCACACGACCCCCAGGUACACACCGCGCCAUACUACAUAAUAUCGUGCACCACAUACGCACUACACCAGGCCCUCCAGUUUCUUGUACCCAUAGACGUUUGUCCCCUGAGAAACUCAAAAUUGCCAAGCUCGAGUUCCAGUCAAUGUUGGACGGCGGGACAGCUAGGCCUUCGGAGAGCCCGUGGUCCUCCCCAUUACACUUAGCACCUAAAAAAGAUAACGGAUGGCGCCCCUGUGGGGAUUAUAGGAUGCUCAAUGCGCGUACGCCAACAGUUGACGCGCGUUUGCCGUCACUGGUCAACGUAAAGGAUCAGUUUAGGUCGCUGAUCAACGUCAUGGAUCAGCUUAGGGUACUGAUCCACGUCAAGGAUCAGUUUAGGUCGCUGGUCAACGUCAUGGAUCAGUUAGGAUUGGCUUAUCAUUGUCACGAAUAA